AUGGUUUUCAUAAAGCUUUAAUACAAAGACAAUAUAAAAAAGAUAUUGAUUACUAAAGAGGAGAUAACUUGGUAAAAGAUCUGUGAGAUAUUGCAUCAAAUAUUCAAACUAGAAGAUUCAAAUUAAAUUAGGCUAGUUUACAAAGACGAAGAGGGAUAGUCUGAGGAGAUAGAAAUUAAAACUAAUGAAUAGCUACUGGAAACAAUUAAUAAAAGGCUGAUUAAAAAAUUUAUAAAAUUUUUUGUAUUUUAUUCAGGAGUAGUUGAAAACGAUCAAGAUGCUUUAUAUACCUCACUAAUUGAUUAAAAGUCUGCCAAUUCUAAAAUAUAAAAUAAGCGCAAAGAGUCUGUAGGUUUAAAAGCAAAAAAAAAAAUUCUAACAUAAGAAGAAACAUAGAAAGAUUAAUUAACUGAAUAAAAAAAUGUAAUUGAUCAUUCUGAUCAACCUACGAGUUCACUAAACAGUAUUCAAAAGGAAAUUUAAAAUCAACAACCUAGUUUGUCUACAGAUAUUUAAAUGCAACAAAAAAACCCUUAAAAAAAUGCUUUGAUUCAAGUAGAAACUUAGGAGCAAUUUAAAACGAUCCUUUCAAAGGCUAUUAAUAAGAGCUAAGUUUUUGAGGAAAUUAAAGGGAUAAUUAGAGAUUUUAUUAAUGAUCCUUUAUCUAAAGGGUAAACAGCAAAUGACAGACUCUAUGAAUUAAAACAAAACGAAUCUGAAUUGAUGGAGUAGGAGUAUGAUGCAAAAGAAUAAUAAUAAAAAACUGAAGAAGAAAUAGAAUACUCAAUUCAAACAAAUUUAUAACAGAUAUCAGACUUAGUUGUUUAAAAUAUUAAAGAAGUUAUUGAUGAACAACUAACUAAGCAAUUAGAUCUACCAGAAAAUUACAGACGUCCUUUUCGCAAAUACUCUGAAGACCUUUUUGAAAAGAAAAAAAACACUAUUAAAAAUAAUCUCACUUAAAUAGUGAAUAAAGAAUUAUCUAGUCCUCUUUCUCCUAAAAGUCUUUUAAAAAAGAAGUUAGGUGGCGAUGAUUCUUAAAAAAAUUUAGAUAGAAUAAAUUCAGCUAAAACUCUACCUGAUGAUAUCUCAGAGAUGCAAGAAAAAAACAUAAGCAUCAAUUACAGAGCUAUUAAGCAAGCUGAUAGCAACUCUAAUUAUAAUUCUAAUACAAGUUCACAGAGCAACAAUUUAAAUAAUACUUCUAUCUAAAAUAACUUAUCUGAGUCUAUUUACAAUACAACUGAAGGCUUUCAAUCUAGAUAUUUAAAAAGAAAAAAUACUAACUCUGAAAGGAUAUUGGAAAUAAUACAAGAACAAGAAUAGACAAUAAGUAACAUAGAAAACACACUAUUAAAAACUUAGAAAAUAUCAGAACAGUAAAUUAAUUAGUAAUUUGAAUAAAACUUUAGAAGUAUCCAUCAUCUUUUCUAGUCAAUUAAUUAAUAAAACGCAUAAAAAUAUUAAACAUAAGGAGCUAUUGAAAUAGAUAACAAUUAAGAUAGUAAAAUUGUGCAAAAUAGUUUUAACAGAAGCACAAAAAACAAAACAAUUAGUGCAUAUGAAUUAUACCUUCUCCUUGACAAACAAGUUUAGUAGUAUUGUCUGCCAGAUUAAUACAAAGAUGAUGAUAGUGAUUCAUCAACUCUGUAGGGGUUUGACUCUCUAAUAAACGAACAAAUAAUUCUUAAGAGCAAGCAUCAAAGAGUGAAAUCUAAAUUUAUAGACUUAAUAGAAGAAGAAAAAAAAGAAGAAGAUAUUGUGAGUAAUAAUUAAUUUUAAGAUAAUGGGCUAGAGUCAAUUAAAACAUAAUAAAAUAAUUAAAAGCAAGUUUUUGAAGAUACAAUAGUCCAGCUAGUCUCUCCACUCAAAAGUUUCAAAUAAAGCUAGUAAAAUGAUGCUAAAUCUAUGCUUUAAUUAAUCAAAGCAAAUCAUUUUGAGUUAAACGAAAAUAAUACUGAGAAUAAAAUAGAUAGUGUUGUCUCACCAAAAUAUUCUAAUGACAAUAAUAUAAAAUCUAUUAACAACUCUUCUUAAGAAAUAAUAAACGAAGUAGAAGAUGACUCUGAUUUGGAAUCAAAUUUGCCUAAAAUCAUUAUGACGAAGAAAAUAUCAUGCUCACUUAUCUAGAAUGCCUGA